CGUUCUGCGCAGACUCGGCCUUGGCAUUAAUUCGCACCCUCGUCCUUUAUCAACCACCCCUGCGUGAGUCCUUUUUCGUAACAAUCAGUCAACUACGUGCCAACGGGAAGCUACCCAGAACCAUGUCCGCCGAAAAAAUCGAAACAUUCCUCAAAAACACAGCAUUCAUGACCGAAUUCAUACCCCACGUGCAAUCCUUCCCAUGCCUGUGGGACAAAGACUUUGAAGAAUCCCGCAGCCGCUUCUCGCGACAGCAAGCCUGGGUGCAAAUCUCCGACAAAAUCGGACCGGAAAAGCUCACCGCCAAAGAGUGCCAAGCGCUGUGGACCAAGCUGCGGAUCUGCUACACCGUACACCUGCGCCAUCUGUCCCGCGGACGCACCAGCCGUUUCAAGCUGGCCAAGCCGCUGGAGUUUUUGGGUCCAUAUGUGGACAUUCAGCUGAGGAAGCCGGUGAAAAGUGCAAAGAAGGUGGUGCCGGUGGCGGACGAGGGAGAUUCCGGCGAGGAUGAUCCGCCACCAGUCGCGGAGAGCGGCGUAACCGAAGAAGACUGCCUGAUCGAGUACUGUCCGGAGGAGGACGGAGAGGAAGAGCAGGUUGACGGCUUGCAGAACAUUGCGGAUCAGACGAUUGUGGUGUACGUGCUGUUUCCGGAAGCAGCGUGCUGAAGGCGUGCCAAAUAUUUGUCAUUUACUUUUUUUAGUGUGUAAUUUUAGUAAAGAAUUUUUAAAUACUUUUAAUUGAAAAAAAGAUUUUUAUUUAAAAAA